AAACAAUUCCAUACUAAUAAUGGUGUCCAAAACUUUAUUCGGUCUCUUGGCAGUGCUGGCUUGUGCCCAGGCUGUUUUCGGUGUAGCCAUCAUCACUAAGUCUCAAUGGGGUGGUGCUCCUGCCACCAGCAAAACCUCCUUGGCUAGUGGUUUAGCUUAUGCUGUCAUCCAUCACACUGCUGGUGCCUAUUGCUCCACCAAGGCCAGCUGUAUUCAACAAAUGAAAAAUAUUCAAAGUUAUCAUCAGAAAACUUUGGGUUGGUCCGAUAUUGGUUACAACUUCUUGAUCGGUGGUGAUGGCAAUGUUUAUGAAGGUCGUGGCUGGAAUGUAAUGGGUGCUCAUGCCACCAACUGGAACUCUAAGUCAAUUGGUAUUUCCUUCAUGGGUAACUAUAACAAUGAUAAACCCACUGCUGCUCAAAUCUCUGCCGCUAAGGGUUUGUUGGCCGAUGCUGUUGCUCGUGGUCAAAUUAAAUCGGGUUAUGUUUUGUAUGGUCAUCGUCAAGUUGGAUCUACUGAGUGCCCUGGCAAUAAUUUGUAUAGCGAAAUCAAGAAAUGGUCUAACUGGAAGGCUUAA